AGGGCCAGCCAAAGUAAACCUCUGCGGAUAAUCACAUCUCGUCCAUCAUACACCAGGACUAUGACACAGUGAAGAUAAAAUUUAAGUCUUCAGUGGCGUGUAACAAUCACAUGAUUUGUUUGAAUUGAGCUUUUCAGACUGGUAUUACUUAAAUGAAGUAAAUAAUUUGAUGGAACGUUGCACAUAAUGGAAGAUACACAUACUACUCAACAGUUACACAAGCCUAUCAAAGAACUGUGCUUCAUCAGUUACUACUGUCCUGGGGGAGAAGCUAGAUGGAUUAUGCGGAAAUGCAGUAUGUUGCUAGAUGGCUCUAUGAAAUGUUUUACAGAAUGCAAUCAAACGAAGGAGGGAUCAGGGGCUGGAAAACAGAGAGGCUUGUACUGUGACAACACUACGUACAUUCAGAAGCAAACUGAGACAACGGACUUUAACACUGUUGUGCCUCUACGUGCUGCUGACAAGCAAUCUAUACUUGCUGAUGUGUUUAUGAUAAAGCCAGCUUAUCAUCUGAUUUUGAACAUGGGGAAUCAAGAUGGGAAACUUCAGGAUAUUCAAGAGACUGAUAAUAAGCCUGGUGAACAGGAAGAAGACGGCGGUGCAUUUGAUGUGAAGCAUUUGGUGUCAAUGACUUCUGACCGUAAGAAAUCUGAUACUAAAAACAAAAAGCUGAAGAAGCUUGGCAAAAGAAGAGAAAGUAUUGAGGAGCCUUCACACAAAAAUGUGAAAAAGAAAUCUAUUUCAGGAUCAGAACCUAUUAUAAUAAGUGGUAAGAGAAAUCAGAUAAAAGACACUGUAAGCAAUUCUAAUUCAGUUAAUUACAGUAAAAGCAAAAGUCUUCAGUCAACCCAGGUCAAUAUUGACUUGCUGUUGGAACCAAAAACACCCAAGUCUGAGAUACACAGAGACAACUUGGAUUUUCAGGAUGAUGCAACAACAUGUGGGUUAGAAGCUGAUGGCUGCACCUUUUUGUCAGAGUAUGACAGUGAAUUUAAUACUGAAGAUCUGGUUACUGGCAGCAGUAGCUUAUUGGGUGACCUACAAGACAGCAUCCAAUUCCUGCAACAGCAAAAUUUCUUACAAGUAAAGAAGACUGAGGAUUUGCCUGACAAGGCCAGGAACUUACCUUUGGAGUACAGGGUUUAUCAUUCUGGUGAUGGAUUAACAAACAAUAACACUGUAGCCAGUGUGCUUGCCAAAGUGCAGGCUACAGAUGUGGUUGUGCAAAAAGAUGUUUCAACUAUUUCAAGGGCAGAUGGAAUCAAAAAUUGCCGUCCAUCUGCAAAGAAUAUAAACAAAUAUUGUACUGAGGAACAAGACAUUUCUCCAGUGAUAACUGGACUGCAGAAUGAAAUUGUCAACAGGUGUAAUGUUGACUCCACACCAAUGACUGCCUUAGAAUGUGAUCAUACUUUUAGUAAACGAAAUACAGAUAAUUUUAAAAAUGACUUUGAAUCUUUGGAAGAAAAAAUACCAAGCAUUGCAAAUUCACAGGGCUGUGGCUAUGUCAACAAGAAUCUGAUGAAUGUUGUUGAGAGUGAACAAUUUCAUGAAACAGGUGAAUGGCACAGGGUGUUAAAGAGCAAGGCACAUACAAAUGGAACUACACUGACUUGUGACAAUAGGAAAUUACCAAGGGAAGACACACUAGAAAUUAAAGAAGAAAUGUUUCUAAAGCCACUUGAAACUGGUGAAGAAAUUUCCAUGGGUGAUCAUCUUAAUGGAAGCAACAAAGGUGAUUCCUUAACUUUACUAACUACUGUUAGUAAUAUUUUCAACAAUUCUUGUCCCAGUAACAAUGCACAACAUAAUGUGUCUCCUCUUCCAUCACCUUUGACUUCAGGAUUGCCUAGCCCUCGACUUCAUCACAGGAUCCUUCCACUACCUGCAUUGGAAACUGGGCAUAACACUAUAAGUGAGGACUGCUUAAAUCUAUGUGCAUCCAGUUAUAGCUGUACCACAUCAAAAGGAAUAGAAGUGAAAGAUAAUUUGAAAGAAGGAAGUGUAUUGCAAUCAAAGCUCAAGACCAUAAAUGAAAAUUUGCAGCAACAAGACUGUGAGAAGCAAGAAAAUGGAUCAUCUGUUGAAAGAACUUCAGAAAACUUCAGACCAAAAUCUUUGGACCUUAAGCUAUUUAUUCUGGAUGGCGAAGAAACUUAUGCAAAUUUUCAAUCAUUUGACUACAUGGAGUUUAAUUUAUAUACUAAAUUACUUAAGUAUUUCCAGAAAGGGGGUUUAGAAGUCUGCUUGAGCAGUAGCAAUAUGACAGAAAAUAUAAGCAAUGGUGCUGCAAUGGAGCAGACAGAGAAUUCAGCAGUUCUAUCCACAGAAGCUGCCUCAUCGCUCUUUUCCUCAUUUUCGAUGAAAAUGUCAUUUUUGGGUCAACGCAGUGGGACCAAGCCGAUCUCAGAACCAACGAAACAAAAGGUUGACCAAGGCGAUGCAUUGUUAACCUCUUACCGCUCUCUCAGUCCUGACACUACGUCUGAUGAUGCCAGGGAGAAUGAUGCAACUAAGUCUGAUGAGCAGCUUGAAGCAAAAGAAGAACCAGAAAAGAAUGAUAAAGUGCAAGAACAAUCAAUGGGUAACAAAAUUCAGAUUGAAAGUACUGAAAAACAAAAUAAACUAUCUUGUGCACCUGAGUGUUCUUUGGAACCUCCUAGUUCUGCACAGCCAUUAAUCACAGAUUUGGAUGAAGAUAAAGUACAUGUGAUUCUCGUUCAGACAACAAGUGAUACUGACUCAGAGGAUGAAGCUGGACCAGACAAAAAACAAAUCAGUGAAACUGAAGUUCCAUUGUCAAGUCACGAAAAUUCAAAGCAGACUCUAGAACAAAAUUUACAAAAGAAUAAGGAUCCUACAUCAAGUCAGCAACAAGAAAACAUUGCUAUAACUGAAACAGAAGAGACACAGAUAAUUUCUGAACCUGGAUUAUCAAAUAAGGAUUUAAUCUCUCGAAUGGAACCCAGUAAAGAUAAAACAGAAAAUGCUAAUAAUGGCACUGGAAAAGAACAAAAUUCAUCAGAUAAUUCAGGAAAUGAUUUUGCAUUACCUAUAUCAACUGGCAGUUCUGACAAUUCUUCUAGCCAAGGUCCUGCUACACAGGUGGAGAAAGCCUUUCAAAUGCCCGCUCUAUUUAGUGGAUUGCGUUUAUUGAAGAAAGGUGCUACAGGUGAGGCGAGGGAGACCAUUGCAGAGAUUAAACAAAGGGAUACUGACUUGGCAAUGUUAAAAUUGACUCAGCCUGGUCAAAAAUCUGCAGCAAAACUUUUGGCAGAAUCAUUACCAAAAAGAAAAGAUGAAGGAAGGCCGCUGGAGCCAAAGAAGAAUUCGGGAUUUUUAGAGCAGCUCACUCAGUUAAUCUUUGAUGCACCUAAUGCAGAAGAUAAAGUAGAUGUUGCUGAUGAAACUAAGAGUUCUGAAAAGACAGAUGAACCACCACAAGAAGAACCACCACCAGCAGAAGCACCCAUUCGUGCUUCUGGUGAGAAUACUUUGGAAAACUUCAAAUCUUUUUUUUCGGCCCGACCUGCCAGAAAAGAUGUAACUACUUCACUGGACCUGGAAAGCCUAAAAAAGAGAAAAAGGCAAGAAAAGGAGUCAUUAAAAGCAAUAUUUGAAAGAUCUUUCCUGAAGCAGUCUCCUGAACAGAAAAACCACAAGGAAUCCACAGAAGGAAAAUCUGAUCUAUCUCCAUCAGAAUCAGAAGACCGAACUCCUGGACGACUUCAUGCCAUUUGGCCGCCUCCCAAACCAAAAGAUGAGGAAGAAAAAGUGGGGCUAAAGUACACAGAAGCUGAAUAUCAUGCUGCCAUUUUAUAUUUGAAGCGAGAGCACAAGAAAGAAAUAGAAAACCUACAGCAAGAAUUUGAGUUGAAACUUUUCCAUAUCCGUGGGGAACAUGCUGAAGCAAUAUCUAAGCUUGAAGAAACCAUUGCACAAUUGAAAAAUAACUUGGAAAAUAAAACAAGAGAGGGAAAAUCUGAAACAAGAGAUGUUUCUGUUUCCACUGCAGAUGAACUUGUGCCAAAGGCAUUUCGCAAUGUUUGCAUUCAAACUGACAGAGAAACAUUCAUACAAUUGAACCAAGAAGAUAGCAGAACACCCAGAAGCAAUCUAAGUAUUCCAGGAAAGUUGAACCUUGCCUCCUUGAACUUGAAUGGCAAGGCAUCUCACUCUCUACAGACAACAAAUGAGGAAGCUUCAUUGUCCUCACAAAUCUCAGCGUCACAAGCCUCAGAAUCUCAGUCUGCUCCAUCUUCUUCAUCACUGCCACCUUCAGACCGGUCUCAAGGUUUGACAACACAUCUCCCUGGCUCUGGACCACCACCUCCACCUCCACCUCCACUCCCAGGCUCUGGACCACCACCUCCACCUCCACUCCCAGGCUCUGGACCACCACCUCCACCUCCACUCCCAGGCUCUGGACCACCACCUCCACCUCCACUCCCAGGCUCUGGACCACCACCUCCACCUCCACUCCCAGGCUCUGGACCACCACCUCCACCUCCACUCCCAGGCUCUGGACCACCACCUCCUCCUCCACUCCCAUUUGGAAAUCCAAAUACCACGAAUUUCAGCUCAACUAAAGGCAGAAGUGUGAGGAAACCCAUAAUUGAACCACGUCUUCCAAUGAAACCUUUAUAUUGGACAAGGAUUCAGCUAAAGGAUUCCAGAGAUGCUGAAAUGUCAACAAUUUGGGAAUCAUUGGAAGAACCUUGUAUCCAAGAUGCUGAAAAAUUUGAAGAACUCUUCUCUAAAGCAGCAAUAAAGGAAAAAAAGAAGCCUUUAUCGGACACCUAUCAAAAGACAAACAAAACAAAAAAGAUUGUAAAGUUACUGGAUGGCAAACGCUCUCAAGCAGUGGGAAUUCUUAUAUCAAGUCUGCAUCUAGAAAUGAAAGAUAUACAGCAAGCUAUUUUAAAUCUGGACAACUCAGUAGUGGAUUUGGAGACCCUUCAGGCCUUGUACGACAAUAAAGCACAACCAGAAGAGCUGCUGAAGAUAUCCAAGUAUUAUGAAAAGUCAAAAGAGGAAGAAAUAAAGUUACUGGAUAAGCCAGAACAGUUCUUAUACGAAUUAUCACAGAUUCCUAACUUCGCUGAACGUACAAAUUGUAUCAUAUUCCAAUCUGCUUUUAUGGAAGGAAUCUCCACAGUACGCCGCAAAGCAGAGAAUGUUCUCCGCCUAAGCAAGAGUUUAAAAGACAAUGAAAGUGUGAAGAUUGUGCUUGGACUCAUCCUAGCCUUUGGAAAUCACAUGAAUGGCGGGAAUAGGACUCGUGGCCAAGCAGAUGGAUUUGGCUUAGAAAUUCUUCCAAAGUUAAAGGAUGUCAAAAGCAGAGAUAAUCAGAUCAGUCUUGUGGAUUUUGUUGCAUCCUAUUAUUUGCACCAUUUUGACAAGGAUGCAGGAACGGACAAAAGUAUAUAUCCUUUACCAGAACCCCAGGAAUUACUGCAAGCUUCACAAGUUAAGUUUGAGGAUCUCACAAAGGAGCUAAGGAAGUUGAAAAAAGACCUUGCAGCAAAAAAUGAACACAAGGUGGAAGAAGCACAUCUUGAAGAGUCACAAAAAAGCUUUGAAGAUAUAAUAAGGUUCUUUGGGGUGAAGCCAAAAUCUGGGGAGAAAGAGAUUACACCAAACUACAUAUUCAUGUUGUGGUUUGAGUUCUGUACGGAUUUUAAGAAUACUUGGAAAUGCGAGAGCAAAAAUAUCUCUAAAGAAAGGCUGAAGGAGGCUCAACAAUCGGUAAAGAAGAUAACUGCGGAAAAGAGAGUUGAAACAAAAAAAAUAAACCCUAACAGCCUGAAAGAAAGACUACGGCAGAGGGAAGCAAGUGUGACCACCAACUGAAGCAAACCAACAAGAGAAAGAAUCCUAUGACUCGAUGCUUUGUAUGCAGCCAAAAUUUGGGGAAUGUUUUAUUGAAAGAGCCACAUAUCUUUGCAUUGCUUAUCUCCUUAUGACAACACAUUAAUGAGCUUUUAAACUUGCACAAUAACAUCAAAAGAGCUGUAUUCAUUCUGAGCAUCAGCAGCAAUUCUUGUUUGUAGUUGGGACAGCAAGUAUGUAUUUCAGCUCGCACAAGAGGCAUUUGGUUGAAGUUGCUUAUCGUAAGGAAACAAAGUAAAGUGGAUCCUGAAAAUUAAAGCUCAACAGGUGGUUAUUCUGGGAAGAUAGUGUGAACUGGAACUAAGAUCUUUUACAAUAUACUACUGUAGAAGACAGUCUUUAGGUUUAGAAAUCGUUUCUGGUAAUACAGUAUAAUAGAAUAUCUGUAAUUACCAGAAAAUUUCAGUCACAAUAUAAACUUUGAUUUUCAUUAGUGUAUUCUGGUCAAUACCUUCUGCACCUCUAUAAAACAUGGCACAAGCUCUCUUAAACUCCAUUGGGUUUCUCAGCCUCCCACCCACCCCCCAAUAAAAUGUUCCAUUGGACAUUUAGAAACCUGUUAGAAAAAUAUAAAUUAGUAGAAGAUUCAGAAGAAGGACAUGACUUGGUACCAAAACAACUUUCUUUUAUAUCUGCAAAGAGAUAAUAUAAAUUAUUUUUCUCUUCGCCAUAUCCAAUGUCAUUGCAAAACAUUGCUUGAUAUUUAACAAACUUGAGCAUUGUUCUGUACCUCAGAUGUAGGUGAUACACAGGAAGCUCUGGGGUCUGGCUAGUUGCCAGAAGCUUUGCUACCAUCGCACCACCCAAUUUCCAUUCUCUGUAGACCUGCUGUAAACUGGGCUUUUGUCUGCCAAUCCCAUUAAAGUUUUCUCUGUGACCAAGUCUGAAUAGUGCCCUUCCCCAUCUGUCGGUGGAACAGGGCACCUUUUUGUUUCCUGGCAACAAUGAAAGAAAAUGACAGCUGGAAGGAAAGUCUGGCCCAUGCAUGCUUGAGGAGAAAGCUAGGAAUUUUGGAGAAGUCAGAUUUACUGAUGGCAAAAAACCCUGAUAAAUCCAUAGCAAUAAUUAAAUGUCUCAUUCCCACUCUCCCCAUUAUCUGUUUCUCUCAAAAACGUCAACCUUGUUAAUAUUUUUCUUGUCAGUAGCUCUGUGUUUUCAUGAAUACCUUGUAUUUCCUUCAGAUCUCAAUCUUCAUCAUGCAGGAGCAAGUAUAAUUGACAUCAUCUCACCUUUUCAGCCUCCAAUAACCUGUUACUAGUUUUAUUCCAUUCUUCCAGCAACUUAUUACAAUCUUAAUCUCAAUUUUUUUCUAACCUUCUACGAUUUCCAAAGUAGCUUCAAAUAUAUCAUGCUUAGCAUUUUUAGCAGAGUCCAUUCAGUCAUCUGUAGAAAGACUUCUUCAACAGAUUUCUUCAGAAAAUAUUUUUGUACAGAAUGUCAUGUGAAUUAAGUUAUGGGUUUAUUCAAUUAACAGUUGAUUCUUAAUAUUCAUUAUUCUUUUGUUAAGAUUGUAUUUUAUUGAACAAUUAAUUUGAGUAUUUGAAUAUGAAGUAUUUCUAUUGAUAGUUAUUCAAAUAAGAAUUAUUUUAACAAAAAUAACUUAAUGUAUAUAAGAUAAUGGUCAUGAGUGUUGUUCACUAUAUUGGCUUUAUAGUCAGAAGAAUUUCGUUUGUGGUUAAGUGUGGUGCUUAAACACAGAGAGAGGAUGAAAGCCUCAGAUUUAAUUCUUCAUCUGUGCUGCGUUAGCAGAUCUCAGAAGGAGUAGGAGAGCUGCCUUUCAGUGUGCUUACAUUGGCAAGAGGGACUGAGCUUAUCACGUAUUGGUGACCCCAUCUAGAUUGCGUGGAAGCUAAGUGAGAGGAUGAUUGGAAUCAACUACGUUGCCUCUCGUUAACAAAUAAUCUGCCACCACUUGUAGACUGGACUUGUAUUUAAGGCAUAAUGACAUCUGGGUGACUGUUAGACUGAGGAACUUUGUACUUAAACUGGCGAGAGAAAAUUAUGAAUUAAGGUGUGUUAUAAAAAUCUUCCCAAAAUUUAUUUCCAGUGAAGGGUGAUGAAUGCUAUUUAGAUAAAUAAGCAAGGAGGCAUCAGCAUAUUCUUUUAUCAAUGUGAUUAUUUUUCUCCUUUUACACCAGCUAUUUAUUGAAUAUGAUUUGUUAAUGAAAAGAAUUUUAUUGCUAUUUUAUUGUAAUAAAAAAUAGAGAUGUGCAGUCAAGAAAAGGAUUUUUUAAAUCUUCUUUGAAACUCUGUUCCAAUGUAAAAUGUUUAUUGUUGUUCAGCAGAACUUAGAAAUUUACUUUGAAUGUACAAGCUCUUGAAAAUAAUAUCAAGUCUUGGGAGCAUUUACU